AUGGCCCCCCCUCAACCCCCUCCCCCUCGGGCCCCCCUUCCAACAAUCGCCAUCUCCUCCCCCCCUAUCCAAACAACCACAACGACAUCCACCACCCAAACCGCAACCACCACCACCACGCCCACUACCGAAACCACCACGGGAACUACCACUACUACGACCACUACAACUAUCACCACCAUCACCCGCACCAGCGUCACGACCGCCACUAUCGAUACCGUCACGGGGACUAUUGAGCGUGAUACGGAAAUAACGGAGGAGGGCACGACGCUGCGAGUUACGGAGGUUAAGAUGGAGGUGUGGGAGUAUGUGGAUUAG